AUGACGGGUAUCUUGAAGUCCAUCUUACAGGAUACAGACCUCCAGCAAGCGGCUUUGGUCACUCUUUCGAAAGGCCGGUUGCGACCUGUCGUGGACGCUGUAGUUUUUACAGCCGACCAGACUACGGCCGACAAGCUCAAGUUAGCCGUGUCCUUGUUUGAAAUUACGGAAGGCAAUGGCCAACUUGUGUCGAAAGUUGCAACAGAUGCCGGUAUUACCACCUUGCAGGAGUUCGCUGCUCGCUACUACACCAACGCUGACGGAACCAAUUCAUUGGGCCUCACGACGGAGCAGACGAGGUCGCUCCAGAUUCGGCUCUAUGCAUUGGAGCCCACGGGCGUCAUCUACAAUCUUGUCACGUCCGGUUCCAUUCCGGCCAAGGACUGUAGUCCAGACGCAGUUCGACAGGUUUUCGACAUCGCAAUGAGAGAAGGUUUCAAUUUCCGCAAGGACAACGCUCGCAAACUCAUCCUCGCUAUUGAGUUAAAGCAUGGAAGCGAAUCCCAGGCUGAAUUCUCCAAAGUCAUUACUUUUGUCAAGGCCAUCCAACGGCUCCAGGCAGUUGUUGAGCAGCCCGAGGACAUUGGUCCGUUGCUGAAGUCUGGCUUGGACCUGCAAUCCGCACAACAAAUUGCCGCUAUUCCGAAAGAUGCUCUGAUCAAAAAGUUGGAGCAACACGGUCUCCCGCGAAGCAAGAUCGAGUCGAUCUACGACAGGGCCUCCAUCAUCGCUACGAGGAAUGAGAUGACUUGGUCUGCCAUUCUCAAGUCAAGAACCGAGAACGCCGUCGGUGCUGUCCGUGCAGAGGGCAACAGCAUUCCCACCACAAAGUCUAACGACAAGUCCUCUCCAUCUCUGCAAGCCAACCAAGCCAACGCAAUCAACUACGGAAACAUCUUUGACCAGAUAGACGCUGCCGACUGCGAUGACUGCUCAUCCAUACUGAGCCCAUCUGCGUAUUUUGUGGACCUGCUUCAACGUCUCGGCACAGUCGAAGUUCAAAGCAGUGCAUCACCAACGCCACCUGCUGAUGCCAAGAUUAAGACAAUGUACGAUCAGCUUGCCGCACGUCGCCCUGAUCUCACGGGUCUCAAGCUUUCGUGCGCAAACACCAACACUCCUAUCAAGUAUAUCGACCUCGUCAACGAGAUUCUCGAGUCAUUCAUCACCCUGACCCUCAACAAGAAUAUCACAAACGCAGUCAAGAUCAAGACUUACGACCAGGAUGCUGUUGAUGGUUGCUCUGGGCCCAAGACAGCAAGUCCAGUCCCCCAGAAUGUCAAUAUGGACGUUUACACGACUCUUGCCAAGACCAUGGUCGCUCCCAUGCACACCUUUCCAUAUAACCACGGUGUUGACACGGUUCGAACCUUGCUUGCCGGGAAGGGUCUAUCUUUCUCUGAGCUGCUGGACGUCAUGAAGCUGCCCGUGUCGACAAAACCAGGGUCCCUGGAUGCGACUGGCCCCCCCGUUGGUUCGACCUGCGCGCGCGCCAUUGCUGCUGAGUACCUCAAUCUCCAACACGAAGACUUUCUGGCCAUCACUCGAGAUGCCUUCGAGUCCCUCGACUCAGUCAGAGACCGAGGCGGUCCAUUGAUCAACCUGACACGUUCAAAGUACGAGCAGCUUGUCGGGGUCAAAACCCCAGCCGAGUACUGGGGUUUCGGCUCAGAUGAAGAGAUGCUGAGCAUGACGUCUGGCACUGGUCUGAGCAACAUCGCAAGACAACUUCUUCCACGCUCUGGCAUCAGUCUCCAGGAUCUCAUUGCAAUCCUGAAGACCAAUUUUAUGGGCGGUCGCCUCAUUAUCACACCCACAGACGGCAUGAAUAAGCACUCGGACCGUCUCAAGACCAUGACCCUACGGUCUUCUGCCCUUAUUGAUGCCAAGAAUGGUGCGCUCAACAUCGAACUCUGCCAUGACUUGCAGGCUUUCAUUCGGCUUAGACGCCUCACAGGUCUUCCCAUUGAGGUCCUGGAUGCUGCGGUGUCAUGUCUGUCAGGAAACGGUCCGUCUGGUACCAGCAGCAUCGAUGGCUCCUUGAUUGAGAAACUUGCGGCUGUCAUGAAGUUGUGCAAGCUCGUCAAGAUGGAAAUUGAUGAGUUACUCCCUCUGUGGGGUGACAUCAACACCAACGGGCCUGGUUCACUCUACCAACGUCUUUUCUUAGGGCAGCAAACCGGCACUGCCGGGGCAUUUCAAGCCAACGACCACGGCUACUUUCUUUCGGAAGAGACUGCGCCAGCUUUGUCAGAGCAGCGUAACUUCCUUGCUUCUGCCUUUGACAUCGAAGCCAAAGAUCUUGAUAUUCUUGCCCAGAACGCCAAACUCAAAGGAGACGAGAAGCUUUCCGUCAGCAAUGUCUCACUGCUGUAUCGACUGAAUCUUGUUUGCGAGAUCCUGAAGAUUGACCACGAGCAAUUUACCACCUUCUCUGCCGCACUGCCAGUUGGAACAGAUCUCUUUGAGAGCCCGCAAUCAACGCUGGCUGUGGUGGCAACUUGGUUGGGCCUUACGACAUCCGGAUGGAAUCAGGAUGAGCUAUUGGAGCUCUUUGAACGGUCUUCAAAGGACAGCUCGCAGCGCUACCGCGACACGGCUUUACAAGUCUUACAGUCCUUGUCGGGGAAUUCGACAACAUCGGCCGACAGCAAAACUGACACAAAUCCGGCCAAGACGCAACAAGACGCGUACGACGUUUACAAAGCGACGUUUGCCGACCUCAGCGCCGACAUUUUCUUAAAGGCUAUGACCGAAGUUCGUGUUACGGAACGCGACGGGAGCUCUGUUACGAUUGGCAAUGUCUUUGCGGUAGCAAAGGCAGCGGUCUCUACCGAAGCUGUGGCCCUUAUUGAGGAGGCUUAUGAAGCAGUGGCAAAGAUGUCUCUGCUUUCGAAGAAGUUCGAACUUACCACGGAAGAGCUCCAAGAUAUCCUGUCGUCUUCAUCUAGCAUCAUGCCCGCCUUCGACAUCAGGAGUAUCAACAUGUGCGAUGCUUCCAGACUUCAGAAGUACAAGGAGUUGAAGAAGUCUGUCGCAAAAGGCCGGCCGGGACUUCUCCAGUUCCUGAAGUGGGCGCGCACUAAGGGCCGAAUUGGAAAGGUUCACGAGCAUAUCAGCAGCUCAAUGGGCUGGAAUGAUUCUAAAGUACAGACAAUUAUGGCAAUCAAGCAUGGCAACGUUACGGAGAACCAACUUGCAGACAUAUGCUCUGACUUCGGGCAACUCAGAUCACUUCAGGAGAUCAUCGAUUUCACAUUAAAGCCUGGCCUGGGAAAUAUCACCUUGGAUCAGCUCUUCGCUCUGGCAGAGCCACGCUCUCUGGACAAGACGUUGGAAAAGAGCUUUGAGGAUGCUGUCGCCCUUCAAAAUGCCAACAUACCUGGUUCUGCCUCAGGCGUCGCAGACCUGGCCAACACCGCCCUUGGCGCAGCUUUCGACACGUUGCGAGAACAUCGGCGCUCGGCUCUGACCAAUUACCUCCUCAACCAAAAGUAUUUCAUCGACAAAGGCUUUGUCACUGGCGACAACCUUUUCGAGUUCUUUUGGAUCGAUGUCAACAUGGGAGCUACCCUGGAGACAUCUCGAAUGAAACAGGCCAUCUCCACCAUCCAACUCUUUGUCCACAGAUGCUUGACGGGUAUGGAAACUGGGUUCACGAUCCUCCCCAGCUUUCUCGUCAACUUCCAGAAGGAGUGGCAAACUCUCUCCAAGUAUACGCUGUGGGAGGCCAACCGCCGCGUGUUUCUCUUCCCUGAGAACUGGGCAGACCCGACGCUGCGAGACAACAAGACGGAACUGUUCAAGGAGUUUGAGUCAGCCAUCUCCAGGAACGAUAUCAGCAUCAGCUCCAUCGGUGCUGCUAUUAGAAACUACGUGUAUGGUGUCAACACGGUGGCCAAUCUGAAUGUGCAGGCGUAUCUAUGGGAGAGAGCCCCCGGCAACGCAGGAAACUUCCAUUUCUUUGCGCGGACCCGCACAAGCCCAUACCAGUUCUACUAUAGAAAGGUGGAGGUCAUUGACUUUGGGGAGAAGUUCCCUCGAUGGCACGCGUGGGAGAAGGUCGACGUGGCUGUUCGUCCGUUCGAAGCAGACUCCACGGGGAAGACGAUGGAAGAUCCCGGGUGCUACAUGAUACCCGUCAUGGUUCGUGGAAGACUCUACCUUUUCAUUCCCCAGUUGGAGCGCAAGGUCACUCCUGCCAAAACACCCACGGACUCGUUCGAGACUCUGGGAACAAAAAGCCCUUCUGUGCUGAAUAUUUCUGAGUACCACUGGGAGAUCAAGCUUGCUUGGUCAGAGUACCGCAACGGCAAGUGGUCACCCUCUGUCACCAGCCCGGCGGCCAUUCUCGUCAACAAGACCGACACUGGAAACCAGCUUCCAGAGGCAUCUCAGUUUCAGUUCAGAGUCCGUACUCGGGACAUGGCUUCUACAACCAAGGGCGCUGACACCUAUGUCUCGGCAAGCUACGGGCCGGGUAUCAACGGAGUGUUGGUGAUCGAUGUUGAUGCUUGGUCGGACCCUAUUCCUACCGAUGGUGCAGCCGCGUCACACAAAUCGUACCGUGUUGGUCGGUUUGAGAUGACCGAGAUGGCUCUGUCUGCAGUGUCCAGCUCUGAGUUGUCCAAGCCUGCCGACUCCAAGACGUUGCCCACGUCUUUCUCCAAGCUGCCAUGGAAGGUCUCCGGGCAAUCGCUCGUCCCGAACGUAGCUGUCACGAACCCUUCCGGUAUCAACUCAGUCAUCUUGGCCAAUGCGGAAAAGACGGAAGCGACCAAGAUCUCGUGGACGGUCUCGUUCGAUGACUCUCAGUUUGCAAAGCCCACGGCUCUUGUUGUUGAUGUUCAGACCAAAGCCGGGGGUAACGAUACAUACUUUGCGAGACCCAGCAACAACCUGGACGAUAAGACCAGCUCGCAAGAAUCCAAGGGUGCGGCAUACUUCUCGCGGUUCGACAACCCCGUCGCUCCUCGAAUGGUGGAUGUUGCUAGUACUGGCGACAACCUGGAAGCGGUUUACAAGACGCUCAAUGGCCUUCGACGAGGGACUGAAGAAAAAGAGGUCAAUCGGUAUGAAGCCGAGGUGUUUGCGUCAACAUUCGGCCUGCAUUUGGACCGAAUCUACCAAGAAGAGAUAUCUUCUUACUCGCAAUACACCUGGGAGAUGGGCGUUCACCUCGUGUCUCUUCUUAUGGAGACCCUGCAGUCGACUCAGCAGUUUGACUUGGCUCUUCAAAUUGCUCGCCUCACCUUUGAUCCGUCCAUUCACGGGACGGGAACGAAUAGAUGCUGGAAGUUCGCACCCUUCAAAGACACGAGCCGCAUCGGUGUCAAGCCCGUCAAUGAGCUACUUCAAUCGCUGAAAUCGAGCGAGGAUGGCCAAAAGACGAUGACGGAUGUGGCCAUCUACAACUGGAGACAGCGCCCGUUUGACCCUCACGCGAUCGCUCGUGGAAGGCCUGUGACCUACAUGAAGAGGAUGGUGAUGAAGUACACCGAGAUCCUGAUCGACGCCGGCGAUGUCUACUUCCGUCAGAACACCCUUGAGAGCAUUCCACUGGCCCUUCAGCGCUACGUCGAGGCCUCUCAUCUCUUCGGGCCGCGUCCAGCUAGGGUGCCAAAGCCCGGUACCAGAACGCCCAAGUCCUAUAUCGGGCUCAAGAGACUUCUUGACACCUUCUCCAAUGCGAGCAUUGACAUGGAGCUGGAGUUUCCCUUCUGUGUCGUCGCUGGUGCAGGAAGUCAAUCUGGCACUGGGACCCCGUUGGCCGGUAUUCUGAACACGACGUACUUUUGUGUUCCUCAGAAUCCCAAGCUCGCGGAGCUCAGGGACCGUAUCGAUGACCGCUUGUUCAAAAUCAGGAACGGUCGUGACAUCAACGGCAAUGCCCAGAGACUCGCCCUUUUCGAGCCCCCCAUGGAUCCCGGUGCACUCGUCGCAAGCGCAGCCAAGGGAGCACUGUCCACCGCGCUUCUGAUGGCCGACGCAGACGCGCCCAUGCCCAACUACAGGUUCCAGUACCUGCUCCAGAGAGCUCUGGAGCUCUGCAACGAGAUAAAAUCUGUUGAAAGUGCCUAUCUGUCCGCUGUUGAGAAAAGAGAUUCCGAGGCUCUGUCGCUCCUCAAGAGCCAGCAGGAUAUCGCGCUCCAGAACGCGCUUGCAGAGUCCAAGAAGCUCCAGCGAGACGAGGCACUCACCACCCUCGCAUCUCAACAGGAGACGCGCAAGUCCCACGAGAGCAGACUGCGCUUCUAUCUCGCUCUCAUGGGCGAGAAAACCACUAUCCCCGGACCAGACGAGGAAUGGGUAGAUCUCCAGCAGAGCUUCGGGCGCGUGACCAAAUGCGACCUCCGGAUGAACAGCUGGGAAGCAGAAGAGAUGCAGAGAACAAACGACUCAAGCGACCGCGCCCUCGCCGCAUCAACAAUGGAAGCCACAGGAUCCACCCUCCGUCUCCUCCCGCACAUGACCGUCAACGCAUCCCUCUUCGGCAUCGGCCCAUCCAUGAAAAUCGACUCUCACAACGUCGCCGACUGUCUAAGGGGACUGGCCACCGUCACUCAGCUGUGGUCCCAAAUAGCCGGCAUCGAAGCAUCUCAAGCAGGCCGCAAAGGCCAAAUGAUCCGCCAACUGCAAGAACGCCGGCACCAAGCCAACCAAGCCGGUCGAGACAUCAAGAGCACAGACAGACAGAUCGCCGCGGCCAAAGUCCGAAUCGCCAUCGCCGACGCCGACAACAAGCAGCACGCCCUGGUCAUCAAGAACGCCGCCGACUCCGACGCCUGGCUUCGCUCCAAAUACACCAGCGAAGCCCUCUACGCCUGGAUGGAAAAGUCAAUCCGCACCACAGCCUACGAAACGUACAAGCUCGCCGCCCAGUUCGCCCGCCAAGUCGAAAAGACUUACCUCUUUGAAACCAACGCCCUGGGGACGGCCACACGCUUCCUCCGUCCGGAGGGUUACUGGGAUAGUUCCCGCAGUGGCCUCGGCGCGGCGCAGGCUCUCUACCUCGACCUGAAGAAGAUGGAGGCGGCCUACAUCCAGACCCCGUCCCACAGCUUCGAGAUCACCAAGAGCGUUUCCCUGCGACAGAUCAACCCCCUCGCCUUGCUCGAACUGCGAACAACAGGGAAAUGCAAUUUUUCUGUCCCGGAGAUCCUGUUCGAUAUGGAUUUUCCGGGCCAUUACAUGCGGCGGAUCAAGUCUGUCUCUGUGACGGUGCCGGCUGUGUUUGGGCCGCACGCUAGUUUGAACUGCACGCUCACGUUGCUGUCGCACAAGUACCGCGUUUCGGCUUCGGCGGCGGGUCCGUACGGGGAGAAGGAGGACGGGGGCGGUGACAGCAGGUUUAGGGGUGAUCCCGUGCCAGUCAAGUCGGUUGCCAUCAGCAGUGGGCAGCAGGAUGCCGGGUUGUUUGAGUUGAAUUUCAAGGACGAGAGAUAUCUACCGUUUGAGGGGGCGGGGGUGAUUAGCGAGUGGAAGAUGGAGCUUCCUACAGCUGUGAGGCAGUUCGACUACGAGACCAUCGCCGAUGUGGUGAUGCAGUUCAGGUAUACAUCUCGGGCUGACGACCUGCUGAAGCCCGCGGCGGAGGGUGCAGUGAGGGCGCUGAUGGGAGCGGCUGGCGGGAAGAGCUGUUACGCGUUCUUGGACGUGGUGAAUGACUUUCCGGGAGAGUGGCACUCGUCUGUGAGGCGGACCGGCGGGUCAGGGAAAGUUGUCAUGGGGGAUAUGUUGGGGCGGAUGCCGUUCUGGGCUCGGGAUAGCAGGAAGAAGGUGGUGGCUAGCCAGGUUCAUGUUGUGACUGAUGCGAGGGUGAAUGAGCUUGUCAUUCAGCCGUCAGAGGGAAAGCCAGUCACGUUGACGAGUCAAGGUUUGUUCCAGCCCAGUUCAGAUUUGUAUCUGAUUCGGUCUUCGAGUCCUGUCAGACUGACGGUUUCGAACUGGACGGUGAGCUUGGAACAGGAGGCGGCGCAGAUGGCGAAGAGGUUCUAUAUGGUGAUGGAAUACUCUGUUCGUGAUGCUUAG